AAACAAAAGGCAAAUUAUCUAAUCUGUGACCUGUACUCCUCGAAAUGGUAACAGACACGUGUACACUUCCCUCGAUCCGCAAACCCCUCUCUAAAAUCCAUACUCUUGUCUUCCCUUUUCCGUUAAAUUAACGUCUGCACUCACUCUCUCUCUCUCUCUCAUUUCGCUUUCUGCGAUUUAUCCACUUUCUCUUUCUUUCUCACUUCCUUUUUCUCUUGAUUUUCUGUUUGUGAUAAUCUUUCACUCUCUUUAUUGCAUGUAUUUUAUCAAGUUGGGUUCUUGUUAUUUAUUUUCCAAGUGGCGAAGCGGUGAAGAAUAGAUAAACAAUCAUAAGAUUUCUGGUAAGAUUUUGAUAUCACCACUAUCUUUAUUGAUUUGGGUUUUAUCUGUUUUUGACCCUUUUAUGGUGAUCCAAAUCUGGUCUGAAAUAUGUUGGCAUAGAAGGAGAAAAAAACCCAACAAAAUCGAAAUCACUUCCAAUCUCUAGACUCUUUAACUCUUGCUAUACCUAACCCUUAAAUAUCUUCCUAAUAUUUCAAUUUCAUUUUUCUUCAAGAUUCGAUCUUUCUCCUUUUCUACUUCAGAUUUGUUUUUUUUUUAAUAUACAUAAUCGUAUCGCCAAUUAGUAGUUGAAAUAGUGAAGACUGAGGCUUUUUGGAUCUGGGUUUAGUUUAUUUUAGUGGGGUUCUUAUCAAAUUAGUUGUUUAUUGGUUUCUAAAGAUCAUAACUUUUUAGCUAGUUGAGCAAAAAGGGCUUGUCUUUUGAUUGAUGAUUUAGUGUUUUAAAAGUGGCUAAGAUGAGUUUGAGUGCUGCCGAGGAUAAUUCGGCGUCAGAGAUUCAUCUACCAGCUGAUAUAGAUUGGCAUAUGCUUGACAAGUCCAAGUUUUUCUUUUUUGGAGCAGCUUUAUUUUCAGGCGUAUCAGCUGCUCUUUACCCUAUUGUUGUUUUAAAGACUAGGCAACAGGUUUUGCCUACUCAAAUUUCGUCUCUCAAAUUGUCAUUGUCAAUUAUGAAUCAUGAAGGUGUGAGAGGAUUCUACAGGGGCUUUGGUACUUCUUUGAUGGGUACAAUCCCAGCUCGAGCACUUUACAUGACAGCACUUGAGAUUACCAAGAGUAGUGUUGGGACUGCAACUGUUAGGUUAGGGUGUUCUGAUACUACUGCAACAGCUAUUGCUAAUGCUGCUGCUGGGUUGAGUUCUGCCAUGGCUGCACAGCUAGUUUGGACCCCAAUUGAUGUUGUGAGCCAAAGACUCAUGGUUCAAGAUUGUAACGCUAGCAGUAUCAAGAGUAGCAAGAAUAUGAUUCCCUGUUCAAGUCCUUGUAGGUACGUGAAUGGUAUCGAUGGCUUUAGGAAGAUCUUGAAUGCAGAUGGUCCAAGAGGGUUGUAUAGAGGAUUUGGGAUAUCAAUAUUGACUUAUGCACCAUCUAAUGCAGUUUGGUGGGCGUCUUAUUCUGUGGCUCAUAGGCUUGUUUGGGGUUGUAUCGGUUGCUAUGCCAAUAAAAAAGAUGAGAAUGCUGUAAAUGGUGGUGGGGGUUGUGGUUAUACGCCUAUUUCAAAGGAAAUGGUGGCAGUACAAGGAGUGUGUGCAGCCAUGGCUAGUGGAGUUUCGGCUAUGAUUACUAUGCCACUUGACACAAUUAAGACACGCUUGCAGGUUUUGGAUGGAGAGGAAAAUGGAAGAACAAGGCCGUUGACAGUUAUGCAAACAGUUAAGAAUUUGGUGAAGGAAGGUGGUUUUGCAGCUUGUUAUAGAGGUCUGGGACCAAGGUGGGUUUCAAUGGCUAUGUCUGCAACAACCAUGAUCACAACAUACGAGUUUUUGAAACGGUUAUCUGCCAAGAACAGAGAGAGCUUGACCUCAUGACUCCAGAGCAACAGGAGAGGAGACACCUUUUCCACUUGAAAUCUUUACAAAUUUUUUUACUUCUAUCCUGCGUGUCUUUAUUGGCGUGCUUGCCAAGAUGGCUUAUCAAUGUAAAUUCUUUUGUUUUCCUUUCUGCUUCCCUGUUAAUUGUAGUGGAAAUCAUUGCAAAAUCAAUGUAAACUUAUGUGCAGUAAUAACAAGGCCUUUCUCUA